AUGCAGCCCCUGGUGAUGCAGGAAUGGCCUUAUGUCCUCCCACGAUGUCCUGAGUGGCGUGUCACAGACCAGGCACGGCACAGCAGCACUACCCACCCGCUGUCUCAGGUUGAAGCCUCGCAGGAUGGGGCAGGACCUUCGUGUGUAACCCCCCGGGCUCCGAGUGGUGUCACCGGGCCACAGCCCCCUCUGGAGAUGAAUCUUUGCUGGAACGAGAUCAAAAAGAAAUCCCACAGCCUUCGAGCUCGGCUGGAGGCCUUUUCUGACCACAGUGGGAAGCUCCAGGUGCCUCUCCAGGAGAUCAUAGACUGGCUUGGGCAGAAGGAUGAGGAGCUCUCAGCCCAGCUGCCCCUGCGGGGUGAUGUCCUCCUGGUGCAGCAGGAAAAGGAGACACACGCGGCUUUCAUGGAAGAAGUGAAGUCUCGAGGACCAUACAUUUAUUCUGUGCUGGAGUCGGCACAGGCUUUCCUUUCCCAGCAUCCGUUUGAGGAAUUGGAAGAACCAACUUCGGAAAGCAAAGAUGUCUCUCCCCGGCACCGGAUCCAAAACAUCAGCCGCUUUGUCUGGAAGCAGGCAAACGUGGCCAGUGAGCUAUGGGAGAAGCUCACUGCCCGGUGCGUGGACCAGCACCGUCACAUCGAACGGACACUGGAGCAGCUCCUAGAGAUUAAAGGGGCCAUGGAGGAGCUCAGCACGACGCUGGACCAGGCUGAAAGCGUGCGUGAAACCUGGGAACCCAUUGGGGACCUCUUCAUUGACUCUUUGCCAGAGCACAUCCAGUCGACCAAGCUGUUCAAAGAGGAGCUCUCCCCUAUGAAGGAUGGGGUGAAAGUGGUCAAUGACCUCGCGCACCAGCUUGCCAUCUCGGAUGUCCACCUGUCCAUGGAGAACUCCCGCACCCUGGAGCAGAUCAACACACGCUGGAAGCAGCUGCAGGCCUCCAUAAACGAACGCCUGAAGCAGCUCCAAGAUGCCCACCGGGACUUCGGACCAGGCUCCCAGCACUUCCUCUCCUCCUCUGUCCAGGUCCCCUGGGAGCGAGCCAUUUCCCCCAACAAAGUGCCAUACUACAUCAAUCACCAGGCCCAGACGACGUGCUGGGACCACCCGAAGAUGACAGAACUCUACCAGACGCUGGCGGAUUUGAACAACAUCAAGUUCUCAGCCUAUCGGACAGCCAUGAAGCUACGACGAGUGCAAAAAGCUCUGCGAUUGGACAUGGUGACCCUGGCCACGGCCUUGGAAAUCUUCAACGAGCACAACCUGCAGCCCAGCGACCGGGCGAUGGACGUGGUGGAGGUCAUCCACUGCCUGACCGCCCUGUACGAGAGGCUGGAAGAGGAGCGGGGCAUCCUGGUGAACGUGCCGCUCUGCGUGGACAUGAGCCUCAACUGGCUGCUGAAUGUCUUUGACAGUGGCCGGAGCGGGAAGAUGAGGGCUCUCUCCUUCAAGACGGGCAUUGCAUGUCUGUGUGGGACGGAGGUCAAGGAGAAGUUUCAGUAUCUCUUCAGCCAAGUGGCGAACGCCGGGGGACUCUGCGACCAGCGGCACCUCGGCGUUCUGCUCCACGAGGCCAUCCAGGUCCCGCGCCAGCUGGGCGAGGUGGCGGCGUUCGGCGGCAGCAACGUGGAGCCCAGCAUCCGCAGCUGCUUCCGCUUUAGCAAUGGGAAGGCCACCAUCGAGGCGUCCCAGUUCCUGGAGUGGGCCAACCUGGAGCCGCAGUCCAUGGUGUG